AUGGUCUUUAUAAAGAGCAGAUUGGAGCUGAGCUGUGAUUGUUGUGUGUUUCCAGUCACAGAGGAGCUGGUGCGCCGGCGAGCCGAGCACAACGAGGGCCAGAUCCUCUCUCUGGAGGAGGUUUCUCUGCACCAGCAGGACAUCCAGAGGAUCCAGCACCUGGACAGAUGGUGCCGCGAGCUGAAGAUCCUUUACCUGCAGAACAACCUCAUCCCCCGGAUCGAGAAUCUGGGCCGCCUGAAGAAGCUGGAGUAUCUGAAUCUGGCAGUCAACAACAUCGAGAUGAUCGAAAACCUGGAAGGCUGCGAGAGCCUCCAGAAGCUGGACCUGACGAUGAACUUCGUAGGAGCCCUGAGCGGCGUGGCGUCGCUGCGGCACAACCAGCACCUGAGGGAGCUGUUCCUGGUGGGGAACCCCUGCUCCCGCUUCCAGGGAUACCGCCAGUUCGUGGUGGCGGCGCUGCCGCAGCUCCGGUGGCUGGACGGGACGGAGGUGACCCGCUCGGAGAAGAUCCGGGCUCAGCAGGGCCUGGCAGAGGUGAGGAGGCGAGUCAGGGAGCAGGAGAGGGAGUACCUGAGGACGAGAGCCGAGGAGAGGAAGGAGGCAGGAGACGAGGAGAGGAAGGAGGAGAACAAGGAGAACAAGGAGGACCGGGACCUGGAUGAAGAGCAGCGGGAGAAGGAGUUCUGGAACACCCCGUGUUCUUACACCCCCGAGUCUCGUCUGGAGGUUCACCGCCACCUGGAGGAGAAGAGGAGGGCCAGGGACAGCAGGGCCAAAGAGACGAAGCCGAAGACGCCGAGGACGCUGAUCACCGCGGACGGACGAGUGCUGAACGUCAAUGAACCCAAACUGGACUUCUGUCUCACGGAGGAUGAAGAGAACGGCACCGUCGUUCUGGACCUGGCAGUUUACAGACACAUGGACACCUCCCUGCUGGACGUGGACGUGCAGCCGACGUACGCCAGAGUGGCCAUCAGAGGAAAGAUGUUCCAGGUCGUUCUGCCGGCCGAGGUGAAGCCCGACAGCUCGACGGCGCGGAGGUCCCAGACCACCGGACACCUGGUCCUGACGAUGCCCCGCGCCGACGGUGAAAUCAGAGAGAAGUGCAUCGUCCCACGUCCAGGGAGAGAGAGUGAGAGCAGACGCCGCGGCCCGCCGGAGGACAGGAACAGGAACUCCAAGGUUCCCGAGAGGCUGGAGGUGGAUCCCAGCAGCCGCCGAUGCGUGGACGUGUCCAGCAUCGUCCCGGGUCCCCUGGAGACCCCUGGACCGGGUCCCCCUGCAGACCCGGGUCCCCCUGCAGACCCGGGUCCCCCUGCAGACCCGGGUCCCCCUGCAGACCCGGGUCCCCCGGCAGACCCGGGUCCCCCUGCAGACCCGGGUCCCCCGGCAGACCCGGGUCCCCCUGCAGACCCGGGUCUCUUCUCCCAGGGCUUCGUGGACGACCCCGACGUCCCCCCCCUCAUGUGA